CUCAGGCAAGCAAAAGUACAGUGCUUAAGAGGAUAAGGCUGAUCUUAGGAAGAAAAAUGGCUUUUAAGUUCUUACUAUUUCUCGUGGCAGCAGUUGGGGCUGCCAGCAUACAAGAGCACCAGUCACAAUCACAGCAGCAGCAGCGCCAACGGCAGUCUACGGAGGUUCAGGAUCAAAACGAAGACGGACCAGUGGGAUACGACUUUUCUUAUUCGGUCCAGGAUCCGACCACGGGUGAUAUCAAAAGCCAGGAAGAAUCACGCCGAAAUGGCAACGUACGAGGACAGUACUCAUGGGUAGAUGCUGACGGAAACCGUCAGAUUGUAGAAUACCAAGCGGACGACCAGAAUGGAUUUCAAUCGGAGCAUCGUCGUGAACCAGCGCCACCCAGGCCACGGGUGCAUCAUGUAGUACAGCUUAUCCCAGCCCCUUUGUAUACCAUUGACACGGUUUUGGCACCGGUACAUUCGUCGGUCUCCCGAGUGGAUCAUCAUCGAAGACAACACCAGGACAACCGGGAUGAUCGUGAUGGUCACGAUGACGAUCGUGUUAACCGUGACGAUCGUGAUGGACGUGAUGGACGUGAUGAUCACGACGAUCGCGACGACCGCGAUAGCCGUGACGGACGGGAUGGGCGUGAUGAUCGUGAUAGCCGUGAUGGUCGGGACAGUCGAGAUGGACAUGAUAACCGUGAUGGUAGUGAUAAUCGCAACCGCAACGAUGGACGUGAUAACCGCGAUGGACAGAAUCGUAACCGUGAUCGUCAGCAGGAAGGGCGACGGGGACGUGAAACUCAAGCUCAAUCGGAAGUUCGAUUCCAAGAUCCUGCCGUUGCCUAUCAGUACAGCAAUUGAAUCAUACCAAAACAAACAAAAAAUGCUCGUAGAUCGAACCUUACAUCUAUGGACCAUGCGCUCUAAUGUAGUCUAAGCAGCAAAUCGAAAUAAAA